AAAAAACUAAAUAAUAUAUUAUUAUUAAAAAAAAAUACAAAAUGAAUUCUAAUCUAAUUUAUUAUCAAUUAAUAGUAAUUAUAUUAUUAUCGAAACAAUUGCUAGUCAUUAGUCAAGAUUAUGAUAACCAAAAUAAUGGUUCAAAUGGUGAAUCGGGAUCUGAUAAUAAUAAUAAUAAUGAUAAUAAUGAAAAUUUAAAUAAUAAUAAUCAAGGUGAUAAUGAUAAUAGUGAUAAUAAUGGUGGCCAGGGAUAUAUUGGUAGAAGCCCUGGUAGCCAAGAGUCUAGAGGUAAUGCUCCAGGUACAGGUGCUGAUCUUGAUAAACAAUUAAGGGAUGGUAGUAAUGGCAACCCUGGUAAUAGUGGUGGUGGUGGUGGCAAACCGGGUAAUAGUGGUGGUAGACCGGGUAAUAGUGGUGGACCACCGGGUAAUAAUGGUAAUAGACCGGGUAAUAGUGGUGGCCAACCGGGUAAUAGUGGUAACAGACCGGGUAAUAGUGGUGGCCAACCGGGUAAUAGUGGUGGACCACCGGGUAAUAGUGGUAACAGACCGGGUAAUAGUGGUGGACCACCGGGUAAUAGUGGUAACAGACCGGGUAUUAGUGGUGGACCACCGGGUAAUAAUAGUAAUAGUGAUUGUGCUAAAUGUAUUGCCGGACGUAUUCAAGGUCUACAGUUUAAAGAUCCAAGACAAAUUAGGAAAAAAGAUAUACAUAUGGAAAAUCAAUAUAAAAAUGCUAUCAAACGUAAUGAUCAAGGUUUUGUAAAACAUAUUUGUCUUACGAAUAGAAAGCCAUGUAUUAGUGAAUAUUGUAAUGAAAAUUAUUGCAAUGAAUUCUAUCAGAAAUGUCUAAAAGGUUCCGAUUUCUAUCCGUUUACUAAUCAUAAACCUGGUCUCGAUAUUUGUUCAAAAUUAGAUCGAAGAAAAUAUCUAGAAUUGCUUGAUAAACCUUAUCCAUGA